CGGCGCCGGAGGGCCAUGGUGAUCGCAAGGCAAGUGCUUUGUGUGUGUGCGUUGCUCUCCCUGCCGCUCGCUCGCUCGCAGCCCAUUCGCUACUCCGUAGCCGAGGAGGCGCACAGCGGCUCCCUGGUAGGCAACCUGGCGCAGGACGCGGCGCUGCCGCCGGCGCAGCUCUCGGCUCGCCGCGCCCGCCUGGUGUCGGAGGACAGCCGGCAGCAUUUUCGCUUCGACCGCGCCAGCGGCCGCCUCGUCGUGGCCGACAGGCUGGACCGGGAGCAGCUGUGCGGCCAGGCUGCCACCUGCACGCUCCCCUUCGAGCUGCUGCUGGCCGACCCGCUGCAGUUCUUUCGGGUCGAGGUCACCCUGGAGGACAUCAAUGACAAUUCGCCCGUUUUCCCCGAGGAACGAGUCACUUUUAAGAUCCCCGAAAGGGGCGACCCGGGCUCUCUUUUCCCUCUGGAGGUUGCUCGGGACCUUGAUGUUGGCAGCAACGCCAUCCAAGCCUACAGCAUCUCUCCCGAGAACGAGUAUUUUAGUGUGUCCUUUGGCAGUCGGAGUAAUGGGGACAAAUAUGUUGAACUUGUUUUGGAAAAGCCCCUAGACAGAGAGGAGCAGGCAGAGAUGGAUUUCAGUCUGAUUGCUGUGGAUGGGGGCUCUCCACCCAGGAGUGGAACCACCCAAAUUCACAUUACAGUUCUGGAUGUCAAUGAUAACGCUCCCGUCUUCACACAGGAUCGGUACACUGUGCAGGUUUUGGAAAAUGCAUCGGAGGGUUCUGUUGUAUUGACCGUCUUGGCAACUGAUCAGGAUGUAGGAGUAAAUGGAGACAUCUCCUAUCAGUUCAGUCACGCAGUGAGCCAGAGUGAUUCAGGAUUUGAGAUUGAUCCCAAGAGUGGUGAAAUUAAACUCUCAAAACCUCUAGACUUCGAGGUAGCAGGGACCCACGAACUCAGUGUGAGGGCCACAGAUGGAGGGGGCCUUUCAGCAAUCUGCAAGGUGUUGGUGGAGGUGUUGGAUGUGAAUGACAAUGCACCCGAGCUGGUGGUCAGUUCCUUCAGCAGUCCCCUCGCCGAGAACUCAGCGCCCGGCACGGUGGUUGCCCUCUUUACUGUCAGGGACCGGGAUGCCGGCGCCAACGGCAAGGUGUCGUGUGCCCUCGACGAUCAGCUCUUCUUCUCCCUGCGGCCAGCCUAUAAGAACUACUACGAGCUGGUGACUGUGAGGGCGCUGGACCGGGAGGACAGGGCUCAGCACAUCGUCACCGUGACAGCAGCAGACGCGGGGUCCCCUCCUCUCACAAGCACCCACACCUUCACCGUGGACAUCUCGGAUGUCAACGACAACGCCCCCGUCUUCAACCAGACAUCCUACACCAUGUACGUGCGCGAGAACAAUGUGCCCUCCGUGCUGGUUGGAGCCGUCAGCGCCGCAGAUGCCGACGUGGGGCUCAAUGCCAAGGUGACCUAUUCCCUGUCAGCAGGGCAAGCGGCGGAGCGGCCUUCGUGCUCGUGCCUGUCUGUGAACUCGGAGAGCGGGCAGGUGUUUGUGCUGAGAGCCCUGGACUACGAGCAGCUGAGGCAGAGCGAGGUGGUGGUGAGCGCCUCUGACGCGGGCUCUCCUCCCCUCCGAGCCAACGUCACCGUGCGCCUCGUGGUGCUGGACGAGAACGACAAUGCCCCGCUGGUGCUGUACCCAGCGCAGGACAGCAGCCCAGGCUCCAGUGAGCUGGUGCCCGUGGGGGCCGAGGCGGGCUACCUCAUCUCCAAAGUGGUGGCCGUCGAUGCCGACUCGGGACAGAACUCGUGGCUCUCGUACCAGCUGCUGAGGGCCACCGACCCCGGGCUCUUUGCCGUGGGGGCCCAAAGCGGCGAGGUGAGGCUGAGGAGGCCGCUCACCGACAGAGACCCCAUCAAGCACAAGCUCGUGGUGCUGGUGCGAGACAACGGGCGGCCGCCGCUCUCAGCCACCGCAGCUCUCAGCGCACUCCUGCUCAAGGACUUCUCCGACCUGCGCCAACCGCACAGCAGCCCGGCCGCCGACCACGAUGCCGGCUCCCUCACCACCUAUUUAAUCCUUUCCUUGGUCUUCGUCUCCCUGCUCUUCCUCGGCUCCACAGCAGCCUUCGUGGCUCGCAGGCUGUGCCAGAGAAAGCAGCUGAAGGCUGGCCACGUGCUUUACGGGGCCGACAACCUGCAGAGCGGCCUGGCCGAUGCAGCUGCUGCAGGGACCCUGCCCCGCCCCUACUGCUACGAGAUCAGCCUCACCACGGGCUCGGGCAACAGAGAGUUCAGGUUCCUCAAGCCCUUCGUCCCCAGCCUGCCACCACAGCCCUGUGCCAUGGGCGGGGACACCGGUGAGGAACAGGUUUUCCCUUGUGUCCCUGUCCCCACAGAGGAUGUGACACCAGACAAUGUGUCUGCAGAACAGUUCAAUCGUCUUUCCUUUAACUAGCACAGAGUGGUCACAGGCAGAGGCUUCAUGCCUCGUGGUCGGAAGGGAUGCAGGCUGCAGCCUGUGGGAAUGGUUCCUCCAAAAUAAAUCUGUUUUUGCAAUUGGCAUAACUGAUUUCUAGAAACUGUAAGUCAGGAAUGUUCCUGAUCCACUAAAAUCAAGUAGCAAACAGAAGAAAGGGAACCCUCUCACUCAGAUAUUCAUAUAUUUCAGGUCUGUUAAGGCCAUUCCUGAGAGGCUUUAGGAAUGCAGUUAGCUCUCCCAGCUCAAACUCUUGUCUCUCUUGCUGUCAGACAUAGCAGUGGACCUUUCAUAUGGACCUGAUUUGUAAGAGUAUGGUACAGAAGAUGAGACAGAAAUUUCCUUCCUGAAAUUCACAAUGAACUUUUCCCAACUCAGGAAAGGAAGGAAAUUGUGAGUGUUGUGCCACAAUGCCAUGUGAGCACCAAGCUCUUUCUUUCCUGGGUUCCGGAAAUCUCUCUCUGACAUAUAUGGGCUCAGAGGGCUUUGAUUUCUUGUCACUAUUGUCGGAAUUUAGUAGAAAUGCAAGACCAGCUAGCUCAGCAUUGGGGUAACAGAGCUGAAUCAACAUUAUUAGAAAAUGGAGGGUUUUUAUAGGGAUUGGGGAGGAAGGUUCAGGAAUAUGGGAGGAAGAUGGGCGGAGCAUGCUAAUCCUCCAACCUGGAUUGGGUAUAGGGGAAUACAUAAAUCAUAGCGAGCAUAUACAUAUGUAUGUAGGGGUAGGAUAGCAACAGGGUAAAUCAGGGAUUGGUCGAGCUGCUGUGGCUCCACGAAAUGUCCAAUGGCAGCUGACACUAGCUCUUGAGCACGAUGUCCAUGGCAACCACUUGCAACAUGAUGACAAUUGAAGCUGCAGCUCGAUAACAAUAUCACACCUAAAAAUCACUUAUAAUACAGGUUGGUUUAACUAACAUAAUUAUGUUCUUUACAAUCAUAAAAACCACCUGCAAUAACUAAGUCACUCGUUACAGCCACUCUGUGUUUCCUAAUCUUCACUGCUGUUGGCCGGUGAAUCAGGGAAUUCCUACCAUUCAGCCAUUGCAAAGCAGGCAAUUCCAGCUCAGAAGGCAAGGAGGGUAUUUUAACACUUUGAGUACAAGAGGUCUCGUCUUCUUGGUGUCAGAGAAGAGCAGCAAAAUGCACAAUUAAAUCUAUAAUUUAGCCGAUAAGAGGAUAUCAGGUGUUCUGUCUCCUUGCAAUAGAUUGGCACAAACGGUGUUGGGGUAGGCUGUAACUGUACAGAGGUGUGAAAACAUGUUCUUUGUCUUUGGGUGCAUUCCAUGAAAGCUCCAAAUCUCCUUCAAAGAGCAUUUCCUGAAGGUACAAAUAAGGUGAGCUUCUGAAAAGGACUUUGAAUUUGGUCUUCUCCUUGUUGUUGCUGAAUUCAGGGGAAUUGAACUGGGAAGCUGUCCCAGCAUAACUUUCUGGGUUUGUGUUACAGCAUUUGCAUUCUCCUUUUUACCCUAUUUCCUUCUACUCCCGGAAGGGGACUUGAGAAUUUUUUGGCCUAUUCCUUUUAAGAAGGACUGUCACCCCACCUAUAGUAACUGAUACCCUUUAAUCAUGUAUGUGAUGUACAGAAUAUUCAGAAAGCCUCACACAGUCUGUGUUGUGCUGAAGUUUUAAACUGUAACAUUCUAAACUGGGAUACUCGUGAGUGUAAAAACUGAAAAAAUGUGUAAGUGUGAAAUAAAAAGAGCACGCCUAAUUCCUUGUUUGG